AUGCCACCCCGCAAGCGAGCCACGGCUCCUGUCAGUGUGCGAGCUGCGCAUUCUGCAGAGGCCGGAGCAUCGUCUAAAACGACGACGGAAUCUGCACGACGGAAGCGCGCCGCUCAAUCCAAGGAGGCUAAGGAGACGUCGAAUUCCGAGCACCCAACUCAAAGCGGAGAAGACCAUGCUGCCGAUACAGAGCAGACAGAGCAGGUUCCGGAGCCGCAAUACCCAUACCGUCACCGCGAUCCAUUUGAUGCGCUCCUGGAGCCCUUUUAUGCCAAUAAAUCUUUGACCGAUCCGAUUAACACUGCCAAAGACAAAUGGAAUUUGUUGCCCGCGUUUUUGAAGGUCAAGGGUUUGGUGAAGCAGCACAUUGACUCAUACAACUACCUUGUGGAAGUUCAGUUGAAGAAAAUUGUCGAGUCGAGUAAUACGAUUCGCAGCGAUGUCGACCACAAUUUUUAUAUCAAGUUUACCGAUAUCUACCUUGGAUUCCCUCGCCGAGCGGACGAGCCUCAGGAUGUCCGUACCGAAUUCGACGAAUCGACUGUGACUCCACAAGAGUGCCGGUUGCGCGAUACGACAUAUGCCGCUCCUAUCCAGGUCGACUUUGAAUAUAUUCGAGGCCGCCAGAGGGUGAGGAGAAAGGGUGUCGCUAUUGGUAGAAUGCCGGUUAUGCUUCGCAGUUCGAAGUGUGUGUUGGCGAACAAGUCCCCUGCGCAGAUGACCGUGCUCAACGAGUGUCCUCUUGAUCCUGGUGGAUACUUCAUCGUCAAUGGAACCGAGAAGGUGAUACUCGUUCAGGAACAGUUGAGCAAGAACAGAAUUAUUGUUGAAACGGAUCCCAAGAAAGAGAUAGUCCAGGCUUCAGUUACAAGUUCCUCAAACGAGCGUAAAUCUAAGAGUUACAUCAUCCUGAAGAAGGAUAGGUUAUACGUCAAGCACAACGUUCUUAGCGAGGAUAUCCCCAUCGUCAUUCUUCUCAAAGCGAUGGGCAUACACACCGACAAAGAAAUGAUGCUUUUAGUUGCUGGUGUGGACAAAGUUUACCAAGAAGAUUUCGCGAUCAACUUCGAGGAGGCCAUCAAGGUUGGCGUUUUUACACAGCAGCAGGCGCUUGAAUGGAUUGGUUCUCGAAUCAAGAUCAACCGUAAGCAGAUGUCUUACCGCCGAACCCACGUUCAAGAGGCUGUCGAGGCUAUUGCGUCGGUCAUCAUUUCCCAUAUCGAAGUCAAGGAUAUGAAUUUCCGUCCCAAAGCCAUUUACGUUGCAAACAUGGCUCGCCGUGUGCUCAUGGCCAAGAACGAUGCUGCUUUGGUUGAUGAUCGUGAUUAUUUGGGAAACAAGAGAUUGGAGUUGGCUGGGCAGCUGCUGGCUCUCCUUUUUGAAGAUCUUUUCAAGAAGUUUUGCUUCGAUAUCAAGAUGAACAUUGAUAAGGUUCUGAACAAGCGCAACCGAGCGGAGGCUUUUGACGCUUGGAGUGUUAUUGGCAUGCACAGCAAUCAUAUCACGCAGGGCAUGAACCGAGCUAUCUCAACAGGUAACUGGAGUUUGAAGCGUUUCCGUAUGGAACGUGCUGGUGUUACCCACGUGCUCAGUCGGCUGAGUUAUAUCGCCGCUCUCGGAAUGAUGACACGUAUCAGCAGUCAGUUCGAGAAGACGAGAAAGGUCAGCGGUCCCAGAGCUCUGCAACCCUCGCAGUUUGGAAUGAUCUGUCUGGCGGAUACUCCGGAAGGUGAAGCCUGUGGUCUUGUGAAGAACCUUGCCCUUAUGACACAUAUUACGACGAACGACGAAGAAGGUCCAAUAAGGAACCUUAUUUUCAUGCUUGGUGCAGAAGACAUCCAAACCGUAGGUGGGAAGGAGAUUUAUGCGCCUGGCUGCUACACAAUCUCAAUCAACGGUACACCAAUGGCGCUAACACGACGUCCGAAACAUUUCUUGAACGCAUUCCGAAGGCUACGGCGAAUGGGCAGGAUCUCCGAGUUCGUGAGUAUCUACAUCAAUCACCACCAGCGUGCUGUGCACGUUGCAACCGACGAUGGACGAAUUUGCCGGCCGCUCAUUAUUGUCGAAAAUGGCAAGUCGUGCGUCAAGAAGCAUCAUCUUCGCAAACUCCGUGACGGGACGAUGCAAUUUGACGACUUCCUUGCUCAGGGUUUGGUAGAAUACGUGGACGUCAAUGAGGAGAACGAUUCGUUGAUCGCAAUCUAUGAGAAGGAUAUCAGCGACACGACCACGCACAUGGAGAUUGAACCAUUCACGAUUCUAGGUGCUGUCGCUGGUCUGAUUCCUUACCCCCAUCACAACCAGUCUCCGCGUAACACCUACCAAUGUGCUAUGGGUAAACAAGCGAUUGGAGCUAUCGCAUCAAACCAGUUCCUCCGCAUAGAUUCCAUCCUUUACUUGAUGGUCUACCCACAGAAGCCCAUGGUCAAAUCACGCACGAUUGAAUUGACCAGAUAUGAUCAGCUUCCGGCCGGUCAAAACGCUACCGUUGCUGUCAUGAGUUAUUCUGGUUACGAUAUUGAGGAUGCACUGGUCUUGAACAAGGGCUCAGUCGACCGAGGCUUUGGCCGCUGCCAGGUCUUCCGCAAAUAUGUCACCAACAUGAAGAGUUAUUCCAACGGAACGAAGGACAUCUUGAACCCGCCCACCUAUGAGAACGACGCGCCAAUCAGGAAGCACGCUCUGCUAGAAAACGAUGGUUUGGCAGCCGUUGGCGAACAAGUCAAUUCUGGAGAGGUUUACAUCAACAAGUCCACACCAGAUCAAUCAUUGGCAUCAGGUUUCCCGGCAUCCGAUUCAGGCCGGCCGAUUAGCUACAAUCCGACCCCGAUGACUUACAAACUCCCUGACCCCUCCUACGUCGACAAGGUUAUGGUUUCCUGUACCGAGAACGAGAACCAAAUCAUCAAGGUUCUUACGCGCCAGACCAGACGGCCUGAAGUUGGUGACAAGUUUUCAUCCCGCCACGGACAAAAGGGUGUUACUGGUAUCAUUGCCGAUCAAGCGGACAUGCCGUUCACUGACCAGGGUAUCAACCCUGAUAUUAUCAUGAACCCCCACGGUUUCCCUUCCCGUAUGACAGUCGGAAAGAUGUUGGAGCUUGUCGCAGGCAAAGCUGGUGUUCUUUCCGGACAGCACGGUUACGGAACCUGCUUCGGUGGCAGCCCGGUUGAGGAAAUGUCCCAGAUUCUGAUCGACAAGGGGUUCAGUUACGGUGGCAAGGACUAUCUUACCUCCGGCAUCACUGGCGAAGCCCUCCCAUUUUACGUCUUUACCGGUCCCAUCUACUACCAGAAACUGAAGCACAUGGUUCAAGACAAGAUGCAUUCGCGUGCCCGUGGUCCCCGUGCCACGCUUACUCGCCAGCCAACAGAAGGUCGUUCUCGAGACGGAGGUCUGCGUCUCGGAGAGAUGGAGCGUGAUUGUUUGAUCGCGUACGGCACCAGCCAACUUCUCCUAGAGCGUCUGAUGAUCUCGUCCGAUCGCCACGAGGUUGAUGUCUGCGAGCAGUGCGGCUUUAUGGGUUACCUGAACUGGUGUCAACGAUGCAAGUCCUCGAGAAGCGUCGUGAAGAUGAUCAUCCCGUAUGCGGCCAAGCUUCUUAUCCAGGAACUUAUGAGUAUGAACGUGACAGCCCGGUUAAAGCUCGACGACGAGUUCCCUGAGACGAAGGGUCGGUAG